AUGUCUGAAUCCUUCCCACCCCGUCAGCUCUACUAUGGCGGCAAAGUCCAAGCCGCGACCUCCGGCAAGACUUUUCAAACUAUCAAUCCCGCCACCGCAACCCCACUAGCUGAUAUCCAUAUCGCCUCCAAUGCGGACAUUGAUGCUGCCAUUACUGCUGCCGACCGUGCAUUUCCCUCGUGGGCACAGACGCCAUUGAUUGCGCGCGCCCGUAUCCUCCACAAAGCCGCUGCUCUGCUGCGAGAACGGAAUGAUGAAAUUGCACGUGUCGAGACUUUGGAUUCCGGCAAGGCCUUCACUGAGACUAGCACCGUCGACGUCACGACGGGGGCCGAUGUUCUGGAGUACUAUGCCAAUUUCAUUGGUGGUGGUGGUCUCAAUGGGGAGACUACUCAGCUUCGCGAGGAUGCCUGGGUGUACACUAAGAAAUCCCCCCUGGGAGUGUGCGCUGGCAUUGGCGCUUGGAACUACCCCAUUCAGAUUGCCCUCUGGAAAUCUGCCGCCUGCUUGGCCGCCGGUAACACAAUGAUCUAUAAACCCAGUGAAUUCACCCCGCUCCACGGUCAGACCCUCGCGGAAAUUUAUACCGAGGCCGGCCUUCCCGCCGGCGUCUUUAACGUGGUUAAUGGUGCUGGUGAUGUCGGCGCCUACCUCACCAGCCACCCCCUCAUCGCCAAGGUCUCCUUCACCGGCCAAGUCUCGACCGGCAUGAAGGUCGCAGGUGCUGCCUCGGGCGGCAUGAAAUACGUGACGAUGGAGCUGGGUGGAAAGAGCCCAUUGAUUGUCUGCCCAGAUGCAGAGCUUGAAAGCGCCGUUGAUGGCGCCAUGAUGGCUAACUUCUACAGCACGGGCCAGGUUUGCACCAACGGCACCCGAGUUUUCGUCCCGCGCACCAUGAAGGCUGCUUUCGAGAAGAGCCUGCUAGAAAAAAUCCAGUAUGUGCGGGCUGGCCCGCUAUUCGACGAGCAGACCAACUUCGGUCCCCUCAGUUCCAAGGCCCACUACGACAAGGUCAUCUCAUACAUUCGCGUCGGUAUUGAGUCUGACCGCGCCACCUUGCUUUGCGGUGGGCUCGACAAGCCUGCUGUGCCCAAGGAUUUGCAGGCCGGUUUCUGGGUUCAGCCGACCAUCUUCACCGACUGCACUGACUCUAUGCGCAUCGUCAAGGAGGAGAUCUUCGGUCCCGUUAUGUCCAUCUUGUACUAUGACACCGUCGAGGAGGCUGUUCAGCGUGCAAACACUACUGAGUUUGGUCUCGCUGCCGGUGUUUUCACUAAGGACCUGAAUCAGGCUCACCGCAUCAUUGACCAGCUGCAGGCCGGUAUCACUUGGGUGAACACCUGGGGCGAGAGCCCUGCGGAGAUGGCAGUCGGUGGCUGGAAGAAGAGUGGUCUAGGCGUGGAGAACGGCCGGCGCGGUAUUGAGGCUUGGCUGCAGAACAAGAGCACUCUGGUUGAUAUGAGCGGUGCCGUUGCCAGUGUCUUUGCCAAGCUAUAA